AGAAUGUCCACUGAAGAGAUCCCCAAGUCCGUCUUGCCUUAUCCUCCUAUCCACAAGGACGCCCAGUUCGUCGUCCUCUCUGACUGGGAUGGCACUAUCACCGACAGAGUGAGUGGCAGCUUCUCAGGAACCUUGAAUAAAAAUUGGAAACGAGAUGGAAAGCGGAGGUAACAGGGAGGGUCUGUGUUGCACGGAAGAAACGUUUGACGAUCUCAAAGGGAUCAGGCACUGACUCGCGAUGGACAAAAUAGGACAGCAAUGACUUGCUGGUGGACAACCUCGGUUUUGGUUUCGAAAAGAGACGUGCUUUGAACAUUGAAUGUCUCGAGGACCGAAUCUGCUUUAGGGAUACCUUCAAGGAGAUGCUCGAGUCUAUUGACAAGCCUUUCGAGGAGUGCAAAGAGUACCUCAAGCAGCACAUCAAGCUCGACCCUGGGUUCGAAAAGUUCUACAAGUACUGCCGAGCCAACGGUAUCCCCGUUGUCAUUGUUUCUUCCGGUAUGGAGGCCAACAUUCGCGCUGUCCUCUCUACUCUUCUCCCUGGCCCCGAGGCUGAGGAGAUCGAGAUCAUUGCCAACGACGUCAAGUUUACCGACCCCGAGGGCAAGGGCGACAAGUGGGAGAUUGUCUUUAGGCACCCUACCAGUGGCUUCGGACACGACAAAUCUAGGGCCAUCUUGCCUUACCGUGACUUGCCCCACAGGCCUACUCUGUUCUUCUGUGGUGACGGUGUCUCUGACUUGUCUGCUGCUAAGCACGCCGACUUGCUCUUUGCCAAGACCAUGCCCUCCGGCCACUCUGAUCUCCAAACUUUCUGCCAAAAGCAAAAGAUCAACCACCUUCCCUUCGUCGACUUCAACAAGGUUCUCGAAAAGUUGCAGGAGGUUGUGGCUGGCAAGACUGUGGACGACAUCUUGACGGAAGAGGGCAAAAAGUACUGAGCGGGAGAAUCUUGUCUCAGGCAUAGACUUGUAUCGGGAUAGACUCGCGCAUAGAUGAAGAAGACCUGUAGCUAACAUGCAUCACGCCUAGAUUUGGA